UGUGUUAAUACAGAUACUUUUAUUUAUUUAAAAACUACAAUCUGAUCCACAGGAUGCUGCCGCAAAGACAGAAACAUUUUCGUUAUGCUUCAGAUAGUGCCGAAGUUAAAGAAGCUAACGGUCUUGUAUUCGAAUUCAAAUAUUCGAAUUUUCCCUCUGAAUUGAUGAGCCCUCUAUAGGAAUAGGAUCAACUGUGGAGUUCGUGAUCGUGAUGAUCUUCGUAGGGCAAGACAGUCAGUCGCCAUUUCCUUAUUUUUAUUGUAAUCGUUUUAGCGCGUGUGUCUUAUUUGUGCAAUUAUCAAGUGUCUUGUAAUUUUAAAGAAUUGUUGUGAAAUAUAACUGAAAAUGUUCAAGAACAGUAUGGAUCAUAAACUGGCCAGAGAAGAAAUGGAAAAGAUGGAGCGAAGAUUAUCUGCCAUGUGUUCGAAGUUAGGAUUUCAUUGCACCCAAGUUAACGGACAGAGAAUUUGUACAUCGGUCCGAUAUCCCGAAAAACCUAAUGUAAAGGGCACAGAAAUUUUCAUUGGUAAAAUUCCAAGAAAAAUUUUCGAAGAUCAACUCAUUCCAUUAUUCAUGAGGGCCGGUGAAUUAUAUCAAUUUCGACUUAUGCUUGAUUUUUCAUUUAGAAAUCGUGGUUUCGCUUUUGCAACGUACACUACUGUCGACGGGGCUGAAAGAGCCAUUGCCUUCUUCGAUGAUUUCGAAAUUGUUAAAAAUACUAGGAUUGGUGUUUUCAAGUCGGUUGAUAACUGUCGAUUGUUUUUCGGGAAUAUUCCACAGCAAUAUGAUAAAGAUGACGUUGCUAGGAUCCUGAAAGAGAAUUUGAUUGAUGGUAUUUCCGAUAUAAUAAUGUACAAAGAUUUGGUCCGACCCGAGUUAAAUAGGGGUUAUGUGUUUGUCGAAUUUGUAACACACAGAGAUGCAGCAAUGGCCAAAAAACAGCUCUAUCCAGGUUGCCUAAUUAUUGAUGGUCAAUCUGUUUUUGUUGACUGGGCCGAUCCAAUUCCAGAUGUCGAUAGUAGAAUAAUGGCUAAGGUGACUAUACUCUUCAUUCAUCAUAUUCCUGUGGAAUUGAACAAGGAGGAACUAUCUAAUGCUAUGAGCCAAUAUAUGGAUAUAAAAACGGUGGUCAAGAUACACAAGCAGUUGAACUACGCUUUCGUCCAUUUUUGUUCCAGAGAAGCAGCUGAGAAAGCCAAAGAAGGUCUUAAGGCCCUUCCAUUUCCAGAUGUAAAAGUCGAAUGGGCCCGUCCUAGGGAGUAUAGUAAGCAACAACGUUUGGAAUCGCCUCCUACACAUUUUUGUCUGUCUCUGCCACCUAGAAUGCGUCGCCAUUAUCAACAAUACAUUAAUACUUUACUCUCUGAAACUUCAUCCAACGAUAGUCAGCAAUCGUCCUCGGAAGGAUCCAUUAAACGUAGUGUCACAAAGAAACAAGAACCCCUAUCACAGAUGACAUUAUCAGUACCUAAGAAUGACACUGCCGUUCUUAAUUCUUUGGCAUCAAUGAGAUAUAAUAACAGAAAUUCUGAAAAUCUGUCUUGUGAAGCAGAAAUCAUCAGAAAAAUUGAGGGCAUGCAAAUGCAACAGCCUCCCAUGAUCUCCCAACGAAUCGCUAAUUUUUCUAGAACUCCAACUACUCUAAGGGCCCUUACACCCCAGCCAUCAACCUGCUUAGAAGAGCCACCAAAUCGUAAUCCACUUAUUGGACUUCCAAUCACCCUGAUACCAACUAGGAAUAUUUUUCAGCAAAGGGCUACACCUCCACCUAUGGUUGUAUCUGACAGAUCUAAAUAUAACGAUGUGAUGUAUCCAAAUUCCUCAUGCAGAAACGCAUUCUACCAACCAUUCUUCCGCAACACAACUAUGUUCACUUCGAGAGAGCCUUGUUAUCCGCAACAAUCUGGUGCACCAAUGAUCACCUCUGGAAGGAGCACUCCUGUAGUCCAGAAUCACGCUUUUCCAUCUGUUUUUAACCCUCUUUUCGAAUAUUUCUGAAUAUGUUUAAAUAUUUACAUUUUUUUAAUUAUAUUCUAUUCAUGUUCUACUUAUGAAAUUUUUCUAGGCGUAAUUGCUUUCAUUCCUUUGCGUUGUAUUUGUCUAUUUUAAAGUUUUAUAUAUCAUUUUCAUUGUUUUCCAAUUAUCAUUGACCCAUUCUUCUAUGCACUAAAAAUAUAUUUUUUCGAAUAUUAUUAUACCAUGAAUUAUUUGGAUUUAUUAUUCGAUUUUAUUCAAUUUUCUUUCGAUGUUAUCUCGAAUUAUCAAUAAAUAGGAAAAUAUUUAUUAUUUCCAAGCAAUUGCUACCAAUGUAGAACUGCUAGAUUCAUUUAAUCUUCCGACAAUAUAAUUUCUAUGAAAUUUAAUCUUCCUGAUGAUCGAAUUCUAUGUUUAUCACAUUAUAUACUCUUCGAAUUACUUUAUAUAAACAAUUUACACGCAAUGAAUUUCUUUCUAAAAAAUGAAUUUUGUUUCUUCACCGAUAUACCUACAUUUUUUAGAAGCGCAUUUCUGACACAUUUUUCUGAAUAUAAGAUAUCAUACAAAAAAGAAUGUGUCAAUGAUUUAUAUUAUUUUAUUCAAUAUUUUUAUCUUCAUCUAAUAUAAUGUUUAUAAAUAUUGUAUGUUCGUUACCUUCUUUCAUAUUGUCAUUCAGUGUAUUCUUUCUGUACCGUUCUUGAAAUAAAUUUUUGUAACUAAU